AAGCUUAAAGUUUUAAAGAGCUAAUAAACCAUUUAAUCAUCAGUCCACUGCAAUAUUCUUGAGACUUAAAGAAGCCAUCUUUGUGGCUGCUUUUGUUAUUCUGCGUUGGUGCUUUGGAGAAUCUAUAUACCCAUCGGACAAGGAAACCAAUUUCAAAGACUUAAGAAUAUAUAGUUUUCCACAAAACUGAAAAAUCAGAGUUCUAACCAAAAGAAGAAAAAAAAACAAAUCAGUACCAUGGUGGGCAUUUUCUCCAUAUUUUCUGUUAGUAGAAGCGGCCAUAGGAGAACACAAAAUGGCAUCGAUGACAGGGGAGCAUUGCCUCCAAAUACUGAUCUUGUUGCUUCACUUAAUAACCUAGCCGAUUCAACUCAUGGGAUCGAAGUAGCAACAGAGUUCGAACCGCUGGAACACCCGAUUGAGCCCUUGGACAAUGAUCAACCCAUCCAGUGUCCACUCCCUGAGCCAUCCAUUCUCAAUGAUGGGAGAAUAUGGAAAGAGAGAGUGUUGGCUUCAAUGAGGAGACGAGGCGAGUUGGCCAUUGCUCAAGAUGGAGUAGAUGUAGAAUCUAAUGGCUCUGUGACAAAACCAUCGCUGACUAGCCAAUGCAAUCUCAACCGUCGGUUCUCACCAUCUCUUAGUGCUCCUGAACACCACAUGCUUAAUCUACUAGAAGAAUGCAAAGCUUCUGGUACAAUCUAAAGACCACCAAUGCUGGUCAAAACCAAAUCAUGUUGUAUGUUAUAUACUCUGAAGAACUAAAACUGAUGGUUACUUCGAUUAAUCCCAUGUCAACCAAAAAUUACUUAUGAGGUUAAGAUCAUCAAACAUAAACCUUAUCAAGACAUAGUUUAUCACCGUGAUAAUUAGUACUAGUUUUAAAAACAUUAAUAAGAUUAUGAUAUAAGGCCAUCAUAUCAGUUUCUGAGUGCAAAGUUGUUUAUGCCAUAGGUAGAAAAAAGUAACUUGUAAAAACAUGUAGAAAAUUAUAACACGUAUAAAGCCAUCAAUUUGCUCCGUUUGCAUAAAAAUCUCACAUGCAAACUUGUUUAAACAAUUGCUAGAGGACAUUGUUUAGGAGACCUCAUCUCUAAAAUUAUCACCAAAGCCGAGUAGUGGAUUGUUUGUGUUAAACGUAUACUACAUAGAGAUAGAGACAGUGCACAUAAUAUUUUCACGUUUCCAUAUAUUAAUGUGAUGUUGACUAUAUUGGUUUUUAAUUUUUAUAUCAAAUUAAGAAUGAAAAUGAUAUUCAUAUAGCCCCAAUUAUCUGAUCAAAAUUAUUUUUUUGUCUCAUCAAUAAUAAAUGACAAUGGCACUCGUUGUAAUAUUCUUUAGAAAGUCAAGGGUAAAUUUUUUUAAAAAAUCUUGUUAUAAUAGUAUUGAUAUAUAAAUAUGAAAACUUAUUUUCAUAAUUUUUUUAAUUAAUUCAAAAAGUCAAUUGAUAAGUGUAGAAUAACCCCAGGGAUCAGCCCGAAGAACUACUACCACCAAUUGACGAUCUUGUAGAUGGAUUUACACCUUUAUAUAUCAAGUUACAUUUUUGAUGAUUUUCGAUGUGGGAGUUACAGUUAUCAUAUCAGAUUUUGGCCCACUUUUGCUUUUAGGUCUCUAGAGAUGUGAAUUGUGAUGCCAAUCAUAAUAUGCUGCUUUCUUCUUGAGAUGCCAACGAGUUAGGCUCAAAAUCAAUGGUUAGACAUGCGUGUUUUCUAUAUUUCAAGUUUAAUCUUCUGAACUCCACAUCAUUAGGUUAAGCCAAAACCUGCUCUAUGUUCAUAGUCUUUUUCUCAAUUAUAAUUCUCUUUACUAGAUUUUAAGCUAUUCUUGAAUUUAAGAUUAUUUAUUUAUCCUUAAAGUGUUUGCUUCUUUCAAAUAACAGUUGACAUGAGCUUUGUCUUAUGAUCAGGAAGAGAGAGAAGCAUUGCGUUCUAAUACUGAUCUUGUUACUUAACAGUUGACAUGAACAUCGACCCAAAUCAAAUCAAAUCAAAUCAUGUUGUAUGUUAUAUACUAUGCAGAGCUAAAGUGUUGUUCAUUUGUUUAUCAUGGUGAUCCAUCAGGACGAAGUUGCAAAUCGAUGUUCAUUUAGUGCAGUUAAAAGGUAACAACCAGAAGGAUCAUGCUCUAUGGACCAUAAAAUAUACUAUAAUUCGUUUAAUUAAUAAGCUGAUGCUCACAAUUCCCAUAAUACCUUGCAUCACAAACAACACAACUUUCCU